UUCCGGAAUCAUUCCGCGCAUAGAUCUUUGAGCGGACAGUCGCCUCGCCGAAUUUGCGAAUCGUUGAAGGCCUGUUCCCACAGAGAAGAGAUACUGCAGAUAAAACACGGGCCUUGAGGAUGGGCACAUUGUCGCUGGAUGAUUACGAGGAAGUGAGAAUAUCGGCGCCGUGGGGCCACAUAUCGGGUCGCUGGUACGGCAAUCGAACGGAGCGACCCAUUCUGGCGAUUCACGGAUGGCUGGACAACCUGGGGACCUUUGACCGGCUGAUACCCCUGCUGCCCGGCUAUUUGGGCGUGCUGUGCAUCGAUCUGCCGGGCCACGGAAGGUCCUCCCACCUGCAGCCCGGCAUGCACUACAGCGUCGACGAUUACGUGUACAUCAUUCCGCUGGUAAUGAGGGCAUAUGGCUGGAAGACGGUCUCCCUCUUGGGGCACUCCAUGGGGGCCAUCCUCAUGUUUGUCUAUGCCGCUCUGGCGCCGCACACCGUGGACAUGGUCAUAUCGCUGGACAUUCUGGUAUCCGCUUGCAGGCAGCCGGACGGCAACAAUCUGCGGCUGUCGGCGCAAAAUAUGGAGAAGCAUUUGCGGGAGGACCAGCGACUGGUGGAGGGCAGCGACGGCGAGCCGCCCGCCUACACGCUGGAGACGAUGUGCAGGGCCCAGGUCCAGGGCAGCUUCCAGUCGGUUCGCUACGAAGUGGCCCAUCACAUACUCCACCGCCAGGUGACCAGGUCGGAGGUGUAUCCGGAGAAGCAUUACUUUUCCCGGGAUGGGCGCAUCAAGUUCAUAAACCACGCCUACCUCGACGACGGCCUGUUUGCGGCGAUGGCGCGUCGCAUCGAGAGGAAUCCCUAUCUGAUCAUCAAGGCCUCCGAUUCGCCGUUCCUGGGGCCCAGCGAGGCCUUCUCUAUUCUCAGCGAAUGCAAUCCAAACUUUGAGUUCCACCAAGUGCAGGGCACCCAUCAUGUCCACCUCAACGAGCCCGAGAAGUGUGCCCAGUACAUUGUGCCCUUUCUCAUUCGCCAUCGACCUCCGACGCUGGACUCCAAGGAGGGGUCCAAGGCGGGGUCCCAGGGGUCGCAACAGCCACGCUUUCUUCCAAACAGCAAACUCUAACAAUGGCUUUAACAUUUCCACUCACUCACGCGAUCACUAUCGCUGCCUGCUUGAUAGAUUAGCAGAUGAGAAUAAGAUUAGUUAGACGAUGGAAAGUGUAAGUGCUUUUGGGGUGAGGCCAGAUUACAGCUCCACUCAAAGAAACCCAUAGCCUUUGCUCAAAAACAUUUAUAGCGGGAAUAUAAAGGUUAUUCAUUCGGUUCU